CGCGCGCGCGCUCGGCGGGUGGCUCGGUGGCGCGCGGCGAGGGCAUCGGCAUCGCGCGGAGCGUCCGCGCGCGGGGCGGCGGCGGGAUCGGGGAUCGCGCGCGGAGGGGAUCGACGAAAGGCGCCGCGUCUCGAAAGAUCGAUUCGGAGCGGGCGAGAUGGGGCAGUGCCAGAGCGUAUGCACGAGCAAGACCGCGCCGGGGUCGCCGCGCGAGAAGGACGACCGAGGCCUCGAGCCGUCCUCGAGCGGCGCCGGGGGCGGGAAGAACCCGGCGUCGGUCUUGAACCUAGGGAAAGAGGCGGAGAUGUACUUCGCGAAGGGCGGGAAGGUGUGGUAUCAGAAGUGCCCGACGACGCCCGCGGACGCCGCGGACGAGACGGCGGUGGAGGAGGAGAAGCUGAACAUCAAAUCCAGCGACGGCGUCGUGCUCCGCGCGAUCUUGGCGCGGCCGGCGACCCCCAGCUCGCCCAACGCGUCUCUGGACGGCGUCGCCGUGGUGAUGUGCCACCCGCACCCGUUCAUCGGGGGCGGGAUGCACAACCCGCUGAUGGUCAACGUAUCGCGUCGACUCGCUGCGGCGGGGACGACGACGUUGCGAUUCGAUUUCAGAGGCGUCGGCGCGUCCACGGGAAAGCGGACGUGGAUGCGCCAGGGCGAGCAGGACGACGUCCUCGCGUGCGCGAGGUAUCUCACGCGUCUGCAGGGCGUCGACCCGACGCGCGUGUACGUCGCGGGGUACUCCUUCGGCGCGAGCGUCGCGCUCGGCGCGUUGGACCAAGAGCGAAGCGAUCACGUCGCCGGGUUCGUCGGCAUAUCGUACCCGUUCGGCGUCAAGGCGAUGCUCAUCCCCGGCGGGGGGAAGUGCCGAAGCGAGAAGCCGAAGCUGUUCUUGGUCGCGAGCGGGGACGUGAUGUGUAAGGACGGGGAGAAGGGCGCGGAGGCGGAGAUCGCGACGCUGCCGAAGCCGACGGAGACGGUGCGCGUUGACACCGGGCACGGGUGGAGCGGGAGACACGCCGCGGUGGCGCGGAUCAUCUUGGAGUGGCUCGAGAGCGUCCGCGGUGGGGGCGGGGGCGGGGGCAAGGGCUCGAACGAGGGGUCCAGCUCGGAGGGGUCCACCCCGGGCGGGUCUAGGAACAACAGCGCGAAGUCGCUGAAGCUCCGAGCCGGAGGCAGCGGGAACCUGAGGAGCGAGAGCAAGCGGAGCCAACCUCAGCGAUUUGGACGAGCGAGGUAA